AUGGCGACCGAUGGGAACGAAACGGAGCCAUUUAUUAUAGUUAUACUCGGCUGCACAGGGACAGGAAAAUCUAAACUUUCCCUUGAAAUUGGAAAGCGAAUCAAUGGCGAAAUAAUAAGCGCUGAUUCGAUGCAGGUUUACAAAGGAUUAGACAUAAUUACGAACAAAGUCACGGCAGAGGAGCGAGCGACAAUUCCUCAUCAUCUGCUGGACUUUGUCGACGCAAAAGACAAAUUUUCGGUGGUCGAAUUUAAAACAAUUGCGUUAAAUGUUAUUUCUGAUAUAAUCGAGCGACAAAAAGUACCGAUAAUUGUCGGCGGAACGAAUUAUUAUAUCGAAUCUUUGCUGUGGGAAAAUUUGAUCGAUGAACGAAAUGCUCGUCGAGCGGAAGAUGAGGAAAUUCAAUCGGAGUUUCAAAAUGUUGAAAUCGGGGAACGAGACGAAGGUGGUUCUGCAUGCAGCAGUGUAAGCACGCGAGUCGAAGAAGAUGAACGCGAAAAACGAAACGAAGAUAACAGCGCACGCGGUGGAAACCCGACAAGCACGAUUGGCGCGAAAUUUGAAAAAGAGGAAGAUGACGAUAGUGAUAGUUCCACUACCGGACCAAAACUAAAUGCAACUGAAGAAAGCAGUUUGGAAAUUUGUCAUAACGGUCAAAAGAAUUCUGAAACCCCAAAUUCAAUGCAGGGAGGCGGGGACUCGAAAAUCCUUGAUAGCAGUGUCCCACCUUGCUCCACCAGUAAACAUACCAUACACGAUAUUUCAUUGCAUGAGCAGCUAGCGAAAGUUGAUUUAGCUAUGGCGCAGAAGCUUCAUCCCAAUGACACACGAAAAAUCAAGAGAAGUUUGCAGGUGUACCAGAAGUCUGGGGUCACUCACACGGAGCAUAUUUCACAGCAACAGUCGCGUGCGGGCUCCAGCGUGUACAGCGGACCAAUGAGAUUUAAGAAUGUUUGUGUUCUAUGGUUGCAGUGCGAAUUCGAGACCCUUGACAAGAGACUGGAUGCUAGAGUUGACCAGAUGAUAGAACAGGGUCUUGUCCAAGAGCUGAUAGAUUUCUAUAUUUCUUGGAAACAUGAAUCCUCCGAAUCUAAAAUGUAUAACAAUGAGGGUAUCUUCCAAUCGAUCGGUUUUAAAGAAUUCCGAGAAUUCCUAGAUGGCGGAAACUCCAAAGUGGAGGAAAGUCCGGAAUUGUUUCAAAGCUGCGUCGAGGCUAUGAAAUGUGCAACCCGUCGCUAUGCAAGGAAGCAGGUGCGGUGGGUAACCAACAGAUUCUUAGGUCGUCCCUCUACCUCUUCUCCCGACGUGUAUGGUUUAGAUGCAACUGAUUUAGAGAAAUGGAAAUCCGAGGCGCUUGAGAAGGCUUUGGACAUUGUGAAAUCGUUUAAGACAGGACAAGAGGUUGCACACGUGCCAUUAGAGAGGAAAAUUACUAGCAUCGAGGCCAAGCACUCGAAUCACACGUGCACCGUGUGCAACGGUAUGAUCAUUAUCGGUGAUCAGAAUUGGGAGGCUCAUCUACGUUCACGAUCUCACCGCCGUUACCGAAAGAAACGUCAGAAAUUUGAAGAAGAAGUUACAUCAGCAUGAAACGAAUAAAAUUUGACACUUCGAAUGAUUUGACUCAGGGCUGUCGCUAAAAGACUAGUUUAAUAGAUGGUUUUAUACUUAUAUAACCAUUUGCAUAUAACCGUAAAAACAAUAGCUAGUAAAAGAAAUCAGUCGGGUAUAAGACGAAUAUAUGAAUAUGCACCCCACCUCCCCCAAUUACUAGCGACGGCCUGAUUUGACUAUCAGUUUCAACAAUAGCAAGUGUGUUGUCAAUGUUAGAA